AUGGCUCCGAACCGUAAAUACGCCAACUACCCCGGCGCUCAAGAAGGACCGACCCAGGCCAACACAGCGACACAGAAGGAGGAUGAAAAUCCCGUCCUCCGUGGCUGGCCUCUAGUCGCCGGCGCAACAAUCCUUGGAAACUCCGGCGCUGUCCAGCGCUUUUUCUGGCGCAACGCCAAGUUCGGCUCACUCAGGGACCUGCCGGGUCUUGACGACUACAGGUGCCGCUAUCAUCCCGAUGUCAUCGUCCUCUCAGAGACGGGGACCCAUCCGGAACCGCUUCCCUUUUCCGCGGAUCUCACGGAACCUGCUCCGCUGGACCAGCCGGCCCGCUACCUGUCCAGCGCGGACUAUCACGCCCUCUACCGCACUGGCGCCCUCACGCCGCUUGAUAUCGUCCAGGCGCUGCUCCCCGUGAUCCGCCGUGCCGAGGGCCAUCCCCCACCGGAAACCGGCCCCUACGCCAACGCCUGGGUGGCAUCCCACGGCCGCGAGGACCUCGCCCUCGACGCCGCCCGCGCUUCCACGGAGCGUUGGCGUCGCGGCGAGCCUUUGGGUCCCCUUGAUGGUGUUCCCAUCGGCGUCAAGGACGACAUCGACGUCAAGGGUUACGUGAGCCACAACGGCAUGCAGUAUCGUCCCGACCUACCCUGGUUCAAGCCUGCCGAGGAUACGUGGUGGCCUGUAAAGCAGCUUGAAGCGGCCGGCGCCAUUAUCGUCGGUAAGAACGCCAUGCACGAGCUGGGUGGUGACACAAACGGCUGUAACCCCCGCUGGGGUACACCCACAAACUGGCACAACAAGUCAUAUUACCCGGGCGGCUCCUCCUCCGGAGGCGGGUCGGCGCUUGGCGCCGGUAUCGUGCCCAUCUCGAUCGGCACCGACGCCGGCGGGUCCGUCCGCAUCCCGAGCUCCUUCAACGGCGUCUACGGCCUCAAGCCCUCUCACCACCGCACGUGCGCCAUGAACUCGUCCAUGUGCGUCGUGGGACCACUCGCCGCCACGGUGGCGGACCUGACCAUCGCCUACCGCCUCAUGUCGCGCCCGAACCCGCAAGACCCGAUCCAGGGCCUCUACACGCCGUCCGUGCCGCCGUCCCCCUCGGCGCCCAGGACCAUCGCCAUCGACGAGGCCUGGUGGUCCCGCGCCUCGGCUCCCGUCGAGGCCAUCUGCCGGCGCGCAGUCGACCACUUCAAGUCGCAAGGGUACAGGGUCAUCGACGUGCGCAUCCCCUACCUCCGCGAGAUCCAGCUCAUGCACUCCGUCACCUGCGUGACGGAGAUGCAGGAGCUCGCGCGCCACCGCCACCCGGACCCGGCCAGGUGGCAGUCCCUCAUCAACGACGCCAACAGGAUCACAAUGUGCGUCGGCACGCAGACGCCGGCGGGCGACUACAUGCGCUACGCCCAGAUCCGCGACAUGCUGAUGAAGCACCUCGCGCACCUGUUCGAGGAGAACCCGGGCAUGCUGCUGGUCACGCCGACGACGCCGCUGGCCGGAUGGCCGCGACACCCGGGCGACGAGGCCUACGGCGUCUCCGACACCAACACCACCAUCGCCAACAUGGGCUACGUCUACCUCGCCAACGUCAGCGGCUGUCCCGCCGUGACGGCGCCCGUCGGGUACGCCGACCCCGUCCAGGGCGAGGGCAAGAUCCCCGUCGGUCUCAUGGCAAUGGGCGAGUGGGGGUGCGAGGAGCAGAUCCUCGGCUGGGCGCGCGAGGCCGAGACGUACCUUCACAAGGAAGGGAGACGGAGACCCGAGGGGUGGGUGGAUGUGAUUGAGCUCACCAAGAACGGCGGCGGUCUGGAGGCCAAGAAGAACGUUUAA